AUGAGUAUCGCAUACAGGCGACUGGACCCCUCGAGGCGCGAGAUCCGCCUGCUCGAGAUUCAGUCGGCGCGCAGUAUCAACGACCCCGUCGAGUGCCGCCUCGUUACCGUCCGCCUCACCGACGACCUGUCGCGGGAGUACAUCGCACUCUCUUCUCUUUACGGCGACGCGUCCGAAACCGACAAGAUCUUCGUAAGCGGCCAGCCUGUCACCAUCACCGCCCACUUGUCCCAGGCUCUGAAGCAUGUCCGCGCCGUCUUCUACCCGACAAUCUCGCAGCGCUUCCAGCGGACGCCGGCGAGGAGGCCUCACGGCGCCCCACGGUGGCUGAGGCAACUAUUCGGCAUAAGCAGCUCGCGUGCAAGCGAGAACGAGCCGAGGGCGCUGCGAGUGUGGUGCGACUUCCUCUGCGUCAACCAGCGUGACGACCUGGAGAAGACGAAACAGCAUUCAGACAUGCGCAACAUCUACCGCAACGCGGAACUCGUCGUCGGAUGGCUAGGCGAGAAGACGGAACACACGGACGUGGCGAUGGCAACUCUGGCGCAGAUCGAGGACGCCAUGCCGCCCCACUGGGGAGACCCCGGUGACCGAGAGAAGCAUCCCGAGGACUACGCGCCAACGCACAAAUGGGCCGAGGCUGUCACGAAUCUAUGGGAGCCGGGGCCCGAUGGCGAGAUUCCGUUCAUGCUGCCACAUUGGAUCGGCUGUAACGACUUCAUGGGUCGUCCGUACUUCCAGCGCCGAUGGAUUCUGGAGGAGAUUGCCAUGGCCAGAUUUCCUACAUUCCUGAUUGGAGACACCAUCGUACCGUGGAAGCAGGUCCUUCGCCUUAACCGGAUGAUGGAGGAGUUCAAGUACCACCCGUCCAAUGUCUUCCCCCAGUACUUGGCGGCAAUGAUAGCCGACUUGCCUCUGGAAACCGCGCAUAAGCUGCUCGAUGAAUUUGCGCGGAGAGAGGCGUUGGAAGAGGCCAAGAUCCUUCAAGAGGCAGGGAGCAGCAGGGCUACCUCAUCCACGCGGUCCACCGACACCAGAUAG